CCGUGUUCAUGACCGGUACGAUCGUUUCCAUAGUUGCCACUAUGACCUCUCUGUACGAUCUCUGGAUCUCUCCGAUUUUUGCCAGAGUUCUCUCUCCUGAUCUGCGUGAGGGGUGUUCGCACAUAAGGUCCAAGGCUGCGUCACGGUACACCAAGGGUCAUCCAUCCUGCGUAGUAGAGAGGGGAAACAACGCGUUCUGCGGUAUGGCCUUGGAUCCCGAGAGCUUGCAGUCGCCAGUGCCACCGUCUGGGCUCGCCACUGCGAGAGAUCACACUAUUGAGGACCGAGCUCGCUACGCUGGACUGUACGGUGUGGCUGGCUCUCUGACUGAUGGCUGCGAGACCGAACCAGUCCUCUUUUCCCCUCCAGAUCUGGAUCCCGCUGCUGCCCCGCCAUCAGCGUAUACGGCGUCGAGAGCUGAGUGGGGGUCUCUGUGGAAACCCCCGUGUUGGGAACGGGCGCGCCGCCGCAAUUCGGACGUCAUCAGGCGGAAGGCCAGAAGUGAUCAUGAGGGGUCGGUGCUUGUAGAAGGACAACGCUAA